UGCUAGUAAUCGUAGGAUACUUUUUCCCUUCUGUGAUUCGGAAGGAAAGCUAAUUAUUUUACUCCAUAGAAAAUAUCGCUUUAAUAUUAAAUUAGCAUUGAAAGCAAAUCGUUGGUAGGUAUAUUAACUUGUAAGUGUUGUAACCUAACCUUUCUUUUUCAGACAGUGCUUUCUUUCAAAGGAUUUAAAGUUUAACGCUAAACAUUUAAAAGUGAUGGUACAUGAAAGUGAACGUAUGUAGAAAUAUCUCUUUUUUUUAACAGUUUGCACUACAUUAUAAAAUAGUGUUUAAUAUUAACAAGAUAGUGACAUAAAAUAAAAGAGUGUAGUCCCAUUGUGAUGUCAGUGAAUAGCAGCGUCAUUGGUGCAAAAAUGCAAUGGGCUGGUGGGGGGGAGGGCGGCGUUCUGAUUGGCUGUCACAGUGAUUCAUUGCAUUCAAUAGUAAACUCCCAUUGAGUACGAACGCCUGAACUCCAAAAUGUCGGCAGAUCACGAAACUAAUAGCAAAAUAACAAUAGCAGGGUCCGCCGUGGCCAUGAUUGGAGCGAACCUCCGCUUCGGCUCGGCGGGGGCUACUAAUUCCUCGAUAGUGAACAACACGAGGCAUUGUCCGCCAGGCGGCGCUGCUAGCGCUGCGGCCCUACUGGCGCUGUCAGGCCUCGGGAUAUCAGCUAACAUGGCUCUGAUGGCUGUUAUCCUCAGCAAGAAACAAUUACGAAGAUGGUCUCAUGGGCUGCUGUUUCACCAGGCGGUAGUGGAUCUUGCUCGGGCUGCGAUCCUACUACCGCUUGGUAUCGCUGUGUUCCGCUGCCAACCAGUCUACAAAUGUUCACUGGUAGAAACCGCAUUUUUACUACUGGUGACGGUGUCAACAGUGAACAUGCUUACGACAGUUCUCAACGACAGUCCAAUUUUCCCCGAAAACGAAGAAGAGCAAGCUGAUUUAUCAGCGCCAUUACUGAUGGACAGCCCGCAGUGCGUCCUUUUCGGAACAUUCAUGAUUUGGUUCGCAUCGAUAACAAUAAAUCUUGGUCCCACGUUCUUAUCGGGGGCUUUAGCUGCCAGUGCUGGCUCGUACGGGUCUUACGGACCAGCUCCGUCGUGUCCUUUAGUCCGAGGACCCUUCAGGCAUUAUGUACUUAACGCUCUUUGGAUAGGCGUUAACGCUGUCUGCGUUGGAUUGACACUUUUCCACUUGAAAAAGCUCCACCGGGACCUUACCAAGGCUAACGUAGAAGCAGUUCGAGUAGCUGGUUUAGUGACCACGCUUGUCAGCAUGGCAGGUGACAACAGGCGAAUGGAUUCCCUGCCGAACAGCGUCGGACCCAGGACUGUUGAUGGCACCAUGUCGGAUGGUCACUGCCGGCCAUCAGGCAGUGCUAACCUGCCUCUCGGUGGGGGCAGACGUCUCCGCGGGUACCUAGCGCGGGUGGAGCGUGAGGGCGUGCGACGUGUGCGAAUGUUCGUCGUCAUCACCGCAGCAUACAUACUAUUCUGGGGCCCACUGUUCAUCAUCACGCUGCUGCAUCACCCGGCACUUACCUCACAUAUUGCUUAUGAAAUGUACUUCCAAAUUACUCUACAUAUCUCGUACGUGCACGCGGCGGUCAACCCUCUGCUGUUCAUGGCUCUGCACCGAGCUCUGCGGAGAGCCGCCUUGCAACUGUGCUGUGGGUGUUGUGUACACUGGAGUCAGUUCGUACUGGCUCUCACCGCUGCUGCGCAAUCGCCACUAGCCCCAGCAUCGUUCUCGCCCGCGGCCGUGUCACCGGAGCCGCCGCCCGCGCCGCCCCCGCCGAUGGCUCCUCCCGCCCCCCCAGCGCCCGCACACGCCGCGCCUCCUGCGCCUCACACGAUGAUGGGAGACGAGGAUAUGAUGGGGGAGGCGUGGAGCGGCAGCGUGCGGCGGCCGCCGCGCUCACCGAGUCCGCUGCUGCCCGCUAUCUGAGCCCGCUCGCCUGAGUCGCACGCGCCGUACGUGCCGUACGUGCCGCACACGCCGCACGCGACGCACGCGUCGGACGCGCAGCGCUCACCGCACCCGCCGCCGGCCCGCGCCCUCAUGCCCGACAUAUCCUACAUAUGGCCGUAGUAGGCGUCCAUUACGUAAUGCUGUAAAUAUACCUAAAUACAUUAAAUUCAUCACAUUGUACAUAAAAAGUUCUAUCUGUGUCAGUAGUCGUGAAGUUCUAACAUUAUUGAUGUAUAGAAAGGGUACUAAUACAUAUUACGACAGGAUAUUCUAUAAGAUACUUUUAAAUAUACUUGUUAGAUUGUGGUACGUUGUGAAAAUACUAAAUAAAUUAACUGGAACACUUAAUGUUAGGUUUUGAAUGUACAUUGUGGUAAUUUCAAUUUCACUCUAUAGUGUAAGUCUAUCUAGAAAGCUCAAUUCUAAAUAAAUGAGAUAGUAGAAAGUAUACUUCUGAAGGCGCACCUGCAUACUUAUACUCUGUAGUGUCCCUAUCACGAUGUGCGUAAAAACAAAAUAAUAUAUUUUUGUGGAGAUAAUUAGAAAAAAUAAAUUCCUGUUGAUGGAACACCAAGUAGAUAGGUAUAAAUAUUAAAAAUAAAUUAUUAUGUGUAAGAGAAGUAAAUUAAUGUGUCACUGGGUCCUUUUAGAUGGCGUAUUGUAUCGAUUCUGUAGCUUAACUAACUUGCCACUGCAUUAAAAACUGUUUGAAGACUGAACAUUUAGUUGACUUAUUUUGAUAUGUUACUUAAAAACUCUAUUGUUUAUUAUCUGUAUAAAAAUUAGACAUUAUAUUGUAUGCAUCAAAUAUGUACGAAAAGAUAAAUUCAUUUCUAACAACCUAUAUUCAUUGAUUUGUUUCUUCGCCUUCCAAAACGUUUUGCGUUUUAAAAGUUAUGCUAAGACUUCUUGUAUAGAGACCUACUUAUGAAAUUCAUGUGAAAUAAAUUUUAAGUUAAAUAUUAAACUCUACUUGUAGCGGGACUCUGAUGUUAUUUAUGUGUGUCUUAUGAUGUAAUUAGAUAAAAACCUUUUUGUACUAUUGUUUUAAGAAGAGUAGACAUUUAAUUUCAUGUAGAAUCUUGUCGAUGUUACUGUCAACACUUUCAAUCGCACUAGUCGAUC